GCCAUUAGUGGGAGUUGAGUUGAGGCUGGCUAGCAGCUAGCCUGCUAUGGUGAGUCUGAGCUGAGGCGCAGAGCAGAGUGAUGAAAACAUGCCUCACUUCACAGUGGUGCCGGUGAAGGAUCAGGCCCAGGCCAGCUACGACAGCCUGGAGGGGAUUAACUGGGUUGAUUACAGGGACACUGGACAGGACUACCCAGAUCAUCAGGACACUGUCAGCUCUGAUGGACAUGGGAAUCACAAGGAAGACAGCCCGUUUCUCAGCAGCCCUGAUUCUGCAAGCAAGAAAAAUGACUUCUAUGACAGGAACCUGGCGCUGUUCGAGGAAGAGCUGGACAUCCGGCCAAAAGUUUCCUCUCUGCUCAGCCGCCUGGUCAACUACACCAACAUCACCCAGGGAGCCAAGGAGCAUGAGGAAGAGGAGAGCGCCGAGGCCUCACGUAGGAAGACCCCCAAGUCUCCUAACAUGGGCACUCUGAUGGGCGUCUACCUGCCGUGUCUCCAGAACAUCUUCGGCGUCAUUCUCUUCCUUCGGCUCACGUGGAUCGUGGGCAUGGCCGGCAUCAUACAGUCCCUGCUGAUUGUCCUCAUGUGUUGCUCAUGCACAAUGCUGACGGCCAUAUCAAUGAGUGCCAUCGCUACUAAUGGUGUCGUUCCAGCUGGAGGUGCUUAUUUCAUGAUUUCACGCUCCCUUGGCCCGGAGUUUGGAGGCGCUGUGGGGCUCUGCUUCUACUUGGGCACCACGUUCGCCUCUGCCAUGUACAUACUGGGGGCUAUCGAAAUCUUCCUGAAAUAUCUGGUCCCUCAGGCUGCCAUCUUUCACACCGCAGACUCCCAAAGCAGCGACAGUGCCAUGCUCAACAACAUGCGCGUAUACGGCUCAAUAUGCCUCAGCCUGAUGGCUGUGGUGGUUUUUGUUGGAGUCAAAUAUGUCAACAAGUUGGCCUCCCUUUUUCUGGCCUGUGUCAUCAUCUCGAUUGUGUCUAUCUACGCUGGAGCCAUCAAAUCCAUCUCUCAUCCACCCGAGUUCCCGAUCUGCAUGCUGGGUAACAGGACCUUGGUGAGAGAUCUCUUCGAUGUGUGCGCGAAGACUGUCGUGAACGGCAACAUCACGGAGCCCAGUCAGCUGUGGGAGAGAUUCUGCGUGCCGGGAAACAUGAGCAGCGCCCAGUGUGACGACUACUUCAUCCAGAACAACGUGACAGAGAUUCAGGGCAUCCCUGGACUGAGCAGUGGGAUUAUAAGAGAUAACAUGUGGGGUGACUACAUGAUGAAAGGAGAGAUCUUAGACAAGGCAGGGCUGCAGUCGGUGGACGCUCACGGUGCUGCGGAAAACCUGUACAUGUACGUUUCGGCAGACAUUGCUACAUCGUUCACACUCCUGGUGGGGAUCUUCUUUCCAUCUGCUACAGGAAUAAUGGCAGGCUCCAACAGAUCUGGAGAUCUCAGGGAUGCUCAGAAGUCGAUCCCCGUAGGAACUAUCUUAGCUAUCACCACCACUUCACUUGUUUAUAUAAGUUCAGUUGUCCUGUUUGGAUCCUGCAUCGAGGGAGUCGUCCUGCGGGACAAGUUUGGUGACGCCGUGAGAAAAAACUUGGUGGUUGGGACUCUGUCUUGGCCGUCUCCGUGGGUCAUCGUCAUCGGUUCCUUCUUCUCCACUGUCGGCGCCGGUCUGCAGUCCCUCACUGGUGCUCCCAGACUCCUGCAGGCCAUUGCCAAGGACAACAUCAUUCCCUUCCUCAGGGUGUUCGGUCAUGGAAAGACCAACGGCGAGCCGACGUGGGCGCUGCUGCUCACUGCUCUCAUCGCUGAGCUGGGAAUCCUCAUCGCCUCCCUGGACAUGGUGGCUCCCAUCCUGUCAAUGUUCUUCUUGAUGUGCUAUCUCUUCGUGAACUUAGCCUGUGCAGUGCAGACUCUCUUACGCACGCCAAACUGGAGGCCGAGGUUCAGGUAUUAUCACUGGGCCCUGUCGUUCCUUGGCAUGAGUAUGUGUCUGGCUCUCAUGUUUAUCUCCUCAUGGUAUUAUGCUAUCGUGGCCAUGGGCAUCGCUGGGAUGAUCUACAAGUACAUAGAGUACCAGGGUGCUGAGAAGGAGUGGGGAGACGGGAUCAGAGGACUGUCCCUGAGUGCUGCACGCUAUGCGCUGCUCAGACUGGAGGUCGGACCGCCACACACCAAAAACUGGAGACCUCAGCUGUUGGUGCUGUUGAAGCUGGACGAGGAUCUCCAUGUGAAAUAUCCCAGAAUGCUCACGUUUGCAUCCCAGUUGAAGGCAGGAAAGGGUUUGACCAUUGUGGGCUCUGUGGUGCAGGGCAACUUCCUGGACAGCUUUGGAGAACUGCAGGCAGCUGAACAGGCUAUCAAGAAUAUGAUGGAGAUCGAGCGAGUCAAAGGUUUCUGCCAGGUUGUGGUGGCGGCGAAGGUGCGGGAGGGCAUCGUCCACCUGAUCCAGUCUUGCGGUCUGGGUGGGAUGAAACACAACACGGUGGUGAUGGGCUGGCCGUAUGGCUGGAGACAGAGCGAAGACCCCCGCGCCUGGAAGACCUUCAUCAACACAGUCCGCUGCACCACAGCUGCCCACCUGGCCUUGAUGGUGCCCAAAAACGUUUCCUUCUAUCCAAGCAACCACGAGCGCUUCACAGAUGGCAGCAUCGACGUGUGGUGGAUCGUCCACGACGGAGGGAUGCUCAUGCUGCUGCCCUUCCUGCUCAAACAGCAUAAAGUGUGGAGGAAAUGCAAGAUGCGGAUCUUCACUGUAGCCCAGAUGGAUGACAACAGCAUUCAGAUGAAGAAAGAUCUGGCCACGUUCCUUUAUCAGCUGAGGAUUGAAGCGGAGGUGGAAGUGGUGGAGAUGCACGACAGCGACAUCUCGGCCUACACCUACGAGCGAACGCUAAUGAUGGAGCAGAGGUCCCAGAUGUUGAGGCAGAUGAGGCUGUCCAGCGCAGAGAGACAAAGAGAGGCGCAGCUGGUGAAGGACAGACACUCGCUGGUGCGUAUGGGGAGUCUGUACUCGGAUGAGGAGGAGGAGGUGGUGGACAUUCCUCCAGACAAAGUUCACAUGACAUGGACCAGAGAGAGGUGCGAGGCUGAGCGGAGGAACAGGAACAACGCCCCGGAGAACUUCAGAGAGCUCAUGAGCCUCAAACCGGAUCAGUCAAACGUUCGGCGGAUGCACACGGCAGUGAAGCUGAACGAGGUGAUCGUCAACAGGUCUCAUGACGCCCGGCUGGUGCUGCUCAACAUGCCGGGGCCGCCUCGGAACACGGACGGGGACGAGAACUACAUGGAGUUUCUGGAGGUGUUGACUGAAGGCUUGGAAAGAGUGCUGCUGGUGAGAGGCGGAGGUCGAGAGGUCAUCACCAUCUACUCAUGAACAAUUAAAGGCUGCUUCGGAAUACAUUCCACCUCUGGGUAAAAGACACGGUUUUGGGUAGACGCAUCGUUUUUACACUUUUGUAUGAAAGUUCAUGUACAAAAGAGGCUCAUUCUAUUCUUGUAGAAUAUUUUUGAUGUAUUAGUGUACAUAUCUACCCGUCUGCUCAGCCUUUACAAAUGAAAGCUCCCUGAGAAUUUCAUGCUUUUUUGUGAGACAAAAUCUUUUUUUAAUUAUUUUUUUUUAAUUUAUAGGUCACAAACGAUUAAGAAAUCUAUGUUUGGCAGUUUGGCAAACGGAACUACUCUGAGUAGCGCACAUUUUGUUAGUGUAUUUUUUUUUUAUAUAUAAUUCUAGGGUUUUAUGCUCAAACCGCUCUUAUUAUGGAUUAUCUUGGAGGCACACUUUUAUUUAUUUAUUUAUUUUCCCCACUGAUGUUAGAAAUGAUAUUUCUGCAGGUGACGUUGGGUGGGCUUUGUGAGUGGGCACAGAAUUCAGUUUGUAAAUAUGGAGAUGGCAGAGAUCAUCAAGAAAGUUAUAAUUUAUAGUUGUACUAAUGUUUUGGAAAGAUAUUUGUGUUUUUUGAUUCGGGGGCAGAAAGUGCAGAAUGGUCAUUAAACUGUUACACUUUUGUACUUUUUAUUUUUAACCAGCCUAAAAACCUUACCUGCUUGAAAAGAAAUGAUUUAUUUAAUUUAAAUAUGUGUUUCUCAUCAAACUUAAUUUUCAUGGUAAAGACCACGGAGUGAAAGUGUUUGUGGGUUUUUGCUGUGGUUGUGUAAAUUCGGUCUUUAAUACUUACGUUGUCUUCAAAACCGUCCAAAGCAACUGGGAUGAAUUUGAGGGAGAUUUUUUUAUUUUAUUUUUUAUUUUUGACAGAGCUCAUGAUGAACCAAAUUGUGACACUUUUUCUUUGCCAUUUAGUGCAUUAAUAUUUCCAAACAACCUUUCUAUAUGAUACAUUUACCAAACUAAAAUGUACACCAUGAUAAUGCCAGUUGUUUGGAAUAUUAACCUGGAGUUAAAUUUAAGAUGUUGUAUCUAAAUUUAGUUACUUGGGGUGGUAGAUGUGAUACAUCCCUGCUUCUGGUUUAAGUAUUCCCUCUUUUACAGAUUUUUUUUUUUUAAUGUCGGAGGGUUCAGAUCUUACAAAAACUUCACCAGAAAACCUGAAAAAAAUAACAAAACAAAAAUCUUUUGUUAGUACUAGAAGAAGUGUUGCUCGUUCAAGCAGAACCCAAAUCCUGGAUUCGAGUGUUAAAUUAACCUGAGUCCAGACAUAAAUUUGUCUGUCUGUACCUUCUUGUGAUCAGUAUGUGAGGCUUACAGCACUGUCUGCAGCAGUUGUCGUGAUUUAAGGACUUUAAACAAGCCAACUGUGUCUUCUAUCGAAGGCUUACACAAAAUACUUUUUACAUUUCCGCCAAACACAAAAUCAGAAGGCGGCAAACUGUAGGUUUGAGUGCUUUAUCCCUGUUUAACCUGCUGUCAUCAGAAACCCAAAUAAAUGUUUUCUCUUCAUGAUUUCUUGGCGGAGUAUACUCUCUGAAAUUAAAAGUUUGUUAGCAGUAUUUUGCUGGAGUUUUAUCACAGCUCUUUGGUUGUGUGAAAAAUUAACAUAGCCACCUCCAGGGAUCUUAGCAGUGUAAAAUCCUAUCAGUAAUGUUGGCACUGAAUACCGAGUCUCUGUUUUCACAGCGCAUUUACACUGUGUUGCUUUGAGUACCUGCUGUUCUGCUUUAAUCACUUGGUUUUAGUUUUCUUGUGUAGAAAUUCAAUAAAAAAAAAACGGGGGAGAAGUUUUUCUGUUCAGCAGAUUAAGUCAGAAGAAACUGUUCAUGAAGUUUUGUGAACCUCGA